GGGACUGGCACUUACUAUGUGUCUGUACAGUGCCCGGCACAGGGGGCUUGGUUGGGGCCUCACAGCUGUGAGGAAAAAAUAAUUAUAUGUUCAGCUGAUGCCUAUGAAGAAUGUUAGAUGUGUGGCAUGGCAAAGUACUUCUAGAAAUUGGCAAGAUGCAAAGAAACAGGGACCUGGUGAAGAAGGCAGAAGUCCGGCCUUAUGAGUUUCUGGAAUUGCUGGUUCUCUGUGAAUCAAAGAACAAGAUCUCAGAUAAAGUGAAGAAGAUCAGAAAUACAGUGGCGACUUUCAGGGAAGAUUUUGAGGAAAACCUGAGGUCUCUGUUGGCAGAUCCUGACGAGCAGGUGGCCAUCCACCUGAAGCAAAACCUGCAGCUGCGAGAGAGGUGGUUGUUUCCCCAGAAGAGCCAGAAGACUGCAGAACCUACAGCUUUCUACAGGGAGGAGCAGGAAAAAUCUUUCAGCAAGACAAAACCAACACCUCCGAGACCUAUGAGUGAACCUGGGAUUAGAGCUGUGGGUUCAGAGAAGUGGACCCUGGUGACACCGGUGCCACAUUUGAAGUGCCGCUGCUACACCCAAAGGAUAUCCGCUCCAAUUCUGUCUAAGCAAGAGAUACAGGCUGUAGAGAGAGAGAAAAAAGAUCUCCAGUACCAGAUGUUCACUUUGCACCAUGAUAGAAGAAGCCACUUCCUAAACACAAUAGAUACACAAUUAAAGAUAGUUCUGAGCAAGCAGAGAGAAAAAUAUGCACAAACACGUGUGCGUUUAACACUAAAAGAGAUAAGAUUGCAUUACUCUGCACCCUGGUUGCUUAGCAAAUAUCAUGUUGUGGAAAGUGAAUCCCUCUUUCAGACUUAUACAAAACCAUGA